AUGGCGAACAACGGCGGCAGCAGCCGCCGCGGGGACGACGGCGUCGGCGUCGGCGUGACCCCAUCCCGAUGGCGUUUCUUCCGGCCAACGGCCGGCACGCCGCUGGCGGCCGCCGGCAGCAUGAGCAUCCGCUCGGUUCUCAACCGUCUCAACUCGUCCGUCGACGCGUCCGGGACGCGCCCCGUCGUGCCGCUCGGCCACGGCGACCCCACCUCCUCCGCCUGCUUCCGAACCGCGCCGGAGGCCGAGGACGCCGUCGUGGACGCGCUCCGCUCCAGGAAGCACAACGGCUACUCCCCCACCGUCGGUGUGCCCCAGGCGCGCAGUGCUAUUGCAGAGUACCUGUCUCGAGACCUUCCUUAUGAGCUUUCACCAGAUGAUAUCUACCUGACCUCCGGAUGCGUCCAAGCCAUCGAGAUCAUGAUCUCCGUCCUUGCCCAGCCCGGGGCUAACAUCUUGCUCCCAAGACCCGGGUUUCCGAUGUACAAGUCACGGACCACAUUCAGCGAGCUAGAGGUUCGAUAUUUCGACCUCGUCCCUGAAAGAGGCUGGGAGGCAGACCUUGAGUCUGUGAAGGCUAUCGCUGAUGAGAACACGGUUGCGAUACUCAUCAUCAAUCCCAGUAACCCUUGUGGGAGUGUCUACUCACACGAUCAUUUGGCCCAAAUUGCAGAAACCGCAGGAGAACUUGGCAUAUUGAUAAUUGCUGAUGAGGUAUACGACCACUUGGCAUUUGGAAGUAAGCCUUUUAUACCAAUGGGCAUUUUUGGCAAGACGGUCCCAGUCAUCACCUUGGGAGCUAUAUCUAAAAGAUGGCUUGUGCCUGGUUGGCGACUUGGAUGGAUCGCAACGUGUGACCCAAAUGGCAUCUUAAAGGAAACCAAGAUUGACCAGUCAAUUCAAAACUAUAUUAACAUCACAAGUGAUCCUGCAACAUUCAUUCAGGGAGCAGUCCCUCAAAUUAUAGCCAACACAAAGGAAGAAUACUUCAACAAAAUUCUUGAUUUAUUAAGAAACUCAGCAGAUUUAUGUUACGGUAAAAUAAAGGACAUCAGGGGCAUUACAUGUCCGCACAAACCGGAGGGAUCAAUGUUUGUGAUGGCUAAGUUGGACCUCUCUUGCUUAGAUGGCUUUUCUGAUGAUAUAGAUUUCUGCUGCAGGCUGGCAAAAGAAGAAUCUGUAAUAGUUUUACCAGGUACUGCACUCGGAAUGAAGGAUUGGGUUCGGAUCACUUUCGCCAUUGACCUGCCAUCUCUUGAGGAUGGCCUUGAAAGGCUGAAAUCUUUCUGCGAGAGGCAUGCUCGAGUAGAAGCCUAA